AUGAGUACCUUUAGAUGCUGUGAGUCAAACUGCGAUGGUGAAAUUGAACUUUCAUGCAACUGCACUUCACCGGCCACUUAUUUUUGCAAAGAACACGUAGUGAACCAUAUCGAGCAUAGCGAUAAUCCUCAUAAUAUCAUCAAAAUUUUGGUAGAGCCUGCUGAAGGCACAAAAGAAGCAAUCCUUGGUUUUCUUGAGGAAGAGAAGUCAAAACUUGAAGAAAUGAGGGCUAAUGCAAUGGCUUCCUUUACUCAAACACUUUGCAGUUAUAAAAAUAUCCAUGAACAAGUUUUAAAAGAAAUCGACUCUGAUUCUGAAAAAAUUGCCAGCUACAUCGAAAAAAUCUGGAAAGCACAAAAACUAUUAAAAAUGGAGAAAGAUCCAGCUUUGAAUUUGCUAUCAUUGCAGUCAAAUGAAGCUGUCGAAAAAGCUAAAAAAUUUUUUACAGUAUCAUCAAAUAAUAUCGGGUUGUUCUGUGAAAUAGGCAAACAAAUUGAUGCAAUUAUCAAGAGCUUUCUCAAAGAAAAGUCCAAAGAUUUUCCAGAUGAAAUGUCUACAAAAUUGAAAAAUAUUGAUAUGAACGAUGAGAAUAAAGAGGAUAUGUUACAGCAAGUAUUAAACAAGUAUAAAGAAGCUAUCAAAAUUGAUCCAAAUAAUUCUGAUGCAUACAAUAGCAUAGGACUUAUCUUAAGUAAUGAAAAUAGAUAUGAAGAAGCAGUAGAACAUUACAACGAUGCAAUUAGAAUCAACCCAAACAAAGCACUUUAUUAUUCAAAUAAAGGAGCUGCUCUAGAUAAGUUAGGCAGAAGAGAAGAAGCUCUGGAAUGCUAUAAAGAAGCUAUCAGAAUUGAUCCAAAUGAUGCUUCGGCAUACAAUCAAAUAGGAGAUAUCUUCUAUAAUGAAGAGAGAUAUGAAGAAGCAGUAAAACAUUACAACGAUGCAAUUAGAAUCAACCCAAACAAAGCACUUUAUUAUUCAAAUAAAGGAGCUGCUCUUAGUUUGUUAGGUAAGAGAGAAGAAGCUCUGGAAUGCUUACAAGAAGCUAUCAGAAUUGAUCCAAAUGAUGCUUCUCAAUACAAUGGCAUAGGACUUAUAUUCUAUAAUGAAAAUAGAUAUGAAGAAGCAGUAAAACAUUACAACGAUGCAAUUAGAAUCAACCCAAACAAAGCACUUUAUUAUUCAAAUAAAGGAACUGCUCUAGAUAAGUUAGGCAGAAGAGAAGAAGCUCUGGAAUGCUUACAAGAAGCUAUCAGAAUCGAUCCAAAUAAUGAUUCUCAAUAUAAUGGCAUAGGAGAUAUCUUCUAUAAUGAAAAGAGAUAUGAAGAAGCAGUAAAACAUUACAACGACGCAAUUAGAAUCAAUCCAAACUGUGCAAGUUAUUAUUCAAAUAAAGGAGUUGCUCUAGAUGAGUUAGGUAGGAAAGAAGAAGCUCUGGAAUGCUAUAAAGAAGCUAUAAAAAUCGAUCCAAAUGAUGCUUCGGCAUACAAUCAAAUAGGAGAUAUCUUCUAUAAUGAAAAGAGAUAUGAAGAAGCAGUAAAACAUUACAACGAUGCAAUUAGAAUCAAUCCAAACAAAGCACUUUAUUAUUCAAAUAAAAGAGCUGCUCUAUAUGAGUUAGGCAGGAGAGAAGAAGCUCUGAAAUGCUAUAAAGAAGUUAUCAGAAUCAAUUCAAAUAAUGCAUCUGCAUACAAUGAAAUAGGAGUCAUCUUCUAUAAUGAAAAGAGAUAUGAAGAAGGAGUAAAACAUUACAACGAUGCAAUCAGAAUCAACCCAAACAAAGCAUUAUUUUUUAAAAAUAAAGGAGCUGCUCUAGAUAAGUUAGGCAGGAGAGAAGAAGCUCUGGAAUGCUUACAAGAAGCUAUCAGAAUCGAUCCAAAUAAUGCAUCUCCAUACAAUGAAAUAGGAGUCAUCUUCUAUAAUGAAAAGAGAUAUGCAGAAGCAGUAAUACAUUACAACGAUGCAAUUAGAAUCAACCCAAACUGUGCACUUUAUUAUUCAAAUAAAGGAGCUGCUCUAGAUAAGUUAGGUAGGAGAGAAAAAGCUUUGGAAUGCUUACAAGAAGCUAUCAGAAUCGAUCCAAAUAAUGCAUCUCCAUACAAUGAAAUAGGAGUCAUCUUGUAUAAUGAAAAGAGAUAUGAAGAAGCAGUAAAACAUUACAACGAUGCAAUUAGAAUCAUAAUUAAAAUAUGGCGUCUUCGUCUGGGCAUGGCCUCCUGGCCAUGCAGCCUCGAUUCAUAUUUUAAUUAUAUCCGGCUAGGUUUUACCAUUCUAGAGAUGGACGGAAAUACUAGGUAAGCAAUUCUGGUUGUGUUCAGAGCCUAGUCCUAGUCUAUUCUCAGGGGUGGAUUUUUCCUCGUGGGGAAGGAGGGCACGGAGUUGGAAAGGGGAAGUCCAGCAGAGUCCUUUGGACCAAUCGGGCAACUCCCUAGUGUGAAACUGGGCGUUACGUCCCAGGCUAUUUUUUUUCAUUUUUGCCGACAGCUGAGCAGAAAAUCCAUUUUUUGGGGUUUUCGGAAAAGCAACCCAUGUAGCAAGCAAGUAGCUCAUCCAUGAGCCGUCGAAGCCAGAACACUUUCCGGAGAAGCACACUGGUGAUCGAAGCAGGCCAUCCCAAGCGACCUGUGGGCCUGAUGCUUCGAAGGCGAUUGAUAGUACCUGGGGUUGUCACCCCAUAUUGGACGUUAAACGCUAUAAAUUUUAUAAGAUAAGAUAAGAUGCAAUUAGAAUCAACCCAAGCAAAGCACUUUAUUAUUUAAAUAAAGGAGAUGCUCUAGAUGAGUUAGGUAGAGGAGAAGAAGCCCUGGAAUGCUUACAAGAAGCUAUCAGAAUCGAUCUAAAUGAUGGUUCGGCAUACAAUCAAUUAGGAGAUAUCUUCUAUAAUGAAAAUAGAUAUGAAGAAGCAGUAAAACAUUACAACGAUGCAAUUAGAAUCAACCCAAACAAAGCACUUUAUUAUUCAAAUAAAGGAUAUGUUCUAGAUAAGUUAGGCAGAAGAGAAGAAGCUCUAGAAUGCUUACAAGAAGCUAUAAGAAUCGAUCCAAAUGAUGCUUCGGCAUACAAUGAAAUAGGAGAUAUCUUCUAUAAUGAAAAGAGAUAUAGAGAAGCAGUAAAACAUUACAACGAUGCAAAUAGAAUCAACCCAAACUGUGCAAGUUAUUAUUCAAAUAAAGGAGCUGCUCUAGAUAAGUUAGGCAGAAGAGAAGAAGCUCUGGAAUGCUAUAAAGAAGCUAUCAGAAUUGAUCCAAAUGAUGCUUCGGCAUACAAUCAAAUAGGAGAUAUCUUUUAUAAUAAAAAGAGAUAUAAAGAAGCAGUAAAACAUUACAAAGAUGCAAUUAGAUUCAACCCAAACAAAGCACUUUAUUAUUCAAAUAAAGGAGCUGCUCUUAGUUUGUUAGGCAAGAGAGAAGAAGCUCUGGAAUGCUAUAAAGAAGGUAUCAGAAUUGAUUCAAAUGAUGCUUCGGCAUACAACCAAAUAGGAGGUAUCUUCUAUAAUGAAAAGAGAUAUGAAGAAGCAGUAAAACAUUACAACGAUGCAAUUAGAAUCAAUCCAAACAAAGCACUUUAUUAUUCAAAUAAAGGAGCUGCUCUUAGAGAGUUAGGCAGGAGAGAAGAAGCUCUGGAAUGCUUACAAGAAGCUAUCAGAAUUGAUCCAAAUGAUGCUUAUCAAUGCAAUAAAAUAGGAGAUAUCUUCUAUAAUGAAAAUAGAUAUGAAGAAGCAAUAAAAUAUUUUAGCGAUGCAAUUAGAAUCAACCCAAACUGUGCAAGUUAUUAUUCAAAUAAAGGAGACGCUCUAGAUGAGUUAGGUAGGAGAGAAGAAGCUCUGGAAUGCUAUAAAGAAGCUAUCAGAAUCGAUCCAAAUGAUGCUGAAACAUACAAUAAAAUAGGAGAUAUUUUCUAUAAUGAAGAGAGAUAUGAAGAAGCAGUAAAACAUUACAACGAUGCAAUUAGAAUCAUCCCAAACUGUGCACUUUAUUAUUCAAAUAAAGGAGCUGCUCUAUAUGAGUUAGGCAGGAGAGAAGAAGCUCUGGAAUGCUAUAAAGAAGCUAUUAGAAUUGAUCCAAAUACUGCUAAUGCACACAAAGGCAUAGCACUUAUCUCAAAAAAUGAAAAGUGCGCUUUAUUAUUCAAAUAA